UUCGUGCAGUAAUCAUCCACAGGGUGGUGUUACAAAAAUGAGUCAUCGUAAAGAUAAAGUGAAAAAGCUGGCAAAAUAGCCUUGAAGGAGCUGUGCUAAAGAUAAAGAAGUGGAAGAAAGUGAAAAAAGAAGAUGAAUAGAAUCACAGAACAUACCCCCUAGGGGGGAUGUUUUGUGAAUAGAAUAACCUACAAACUUAUUGAGGUUAAGUAAUAAAUGAAAAUGUUCAAUUAAAUGUAAUAAUUAAUUAAAAGAUGUAUGUUAUUAUUCGAGUAUAUAAUAUACCUUUUGAUUUGCCAUGUUGAUCAGAAAACUACUUCAACGAAGUUCACUUUUAUUCAAGUGUAAAAACCUACCGGGACAGUGCAGUGAAAAUGUUACCAAAAGAUACUUUAAAGUUUCACCUCUACAUUUUAAGGAGCAAACUAAGGAAGACAAAACCUCUGUAACAAUUAGAGAUGGAUUUCAAGAAGUGAGGGACAAGAACAAAGACACGUAUCUGCAAAUGAUUAACAUAUAUAUUGAUAAAGAGCAUGUGUAUCGAAGAGGACAUGUUGAAUUUAUCUAUGCAGCACUGAAGCAUAUGAAAGAAUUCGGAGUACACAGAGAUUUAGAGGUUUACAGGACCUUAAUAGAUGUCCUGCCGAAAGGAAAGUUUGUUGCCCAAAAUUUAAUACAGGCCGAGUUUAUGCACUAUCCGAAACAACAGCAAUGUAUCAUUGAUUUGCUUAGUCAAAUGGAAGAAAAUAAUGUACUUCCUGAUUUUGACAUGGAAGACCAGCUUGUUGCGAUAUUUGGCAGGCGAGCUUUUCCCGUGAGGAGAUACUGGAGAAUGAUGUAUUGGAUGCCUAAAUGGAGAUAUGCUUCGCCGUUUCCUCUACCAGACCCCUUACCCAAAGACACUUACGAGUUGGCUAAACUGGCAAUAGAAAGGAUCAGUAAUGUAGAUCCCACUAAUCAAGUCACAAUAUAUCAGACUGCAGAUAUCAAAGAUUCAGUUGACGACACAUGGAUUAUAAGUGCACAAAGUGUCUCACAAAAGCGCCUUUUAAGUGACAAUAGCGUUAAGGUCCCAGUAUUUGUAGAGGGACCUUUCACAGUCUUCCUUCGUGGGAAUUACAUCAACUACUUUAUUUUACGUGGCCAACCGCGAUCUUUCGAUGAUACAUUGGAAAAUCCAGACAAUGUAGAGAAUAUUAAAGCUCCAUUUUUUAAUUUUAAACCACCUAUUGAAAAUUUGGUAAAAGUGAUGCCAUCCGUGCAUGAACAAGAAGAUGGCGUCAUAUACUCAUUGUGUGCUACAGGCACAUCCAGUAAAGAUUCUUUGCUUUCAUGGAUAAGACACCUAGAACUUGAUGGUAAUCCGAUUUUGGCAGAGCUACCCAUUGUUUUCACGUUAAAGAGUUCCACUAGGGAAAUAACCGUCGAAAAUGAAAGCGAUUUGGAGAAAAAAAGAAUUGAAGAUGGUUAAUUAAUUAUAACUUGUUUAGAGAAAUAAACCAGUUACAAAAA